CUCUCUCUCUCUCUUCCUUCUGCCAAUAAUGGCAGUAAUCAUUUGCCGCUACACUUUUGUUUGUUUAUUCAUUCUUUUUUACCCUGUUACCUUUUCCGUUCAAUUUAUUCCCCAACUGUAUAAUUAGGCGGAGAGGGCCUCGCUGUCCCAUUCAGUUUCUUGCUUUCCGGCGCGCCUUCCCGGAGCUUUUUUCUCUUGAGGCGCUAAGAAACUCUGUUUGCCGCCAUCUUCCGCCGCCGGAAUUCCCGCCUCCGGCUGACGCAGGUGAAGCACCCCGCCGGGAUCGCGACACAGAGGUUCUAGUGAAUCCCGCGAAAGAUCUCAGCCUUUUUCCCCGGGAAGAUCGAAAACCCGAAUUCGCCGCGAAGAUGUGCUCUCCAACGAAGCGAAGAGAUAUGGACGUCAUGAAACUAAUGAUGACGGAUUACAAGGUAGAGACGGUUGAGGACUCCAUGAGCGAAUUCUUUGUGGAGUUUAGCGGGCCAGCCGAUAGUCCCUAUCAGGGUGGAAUUUGGAAAGUACGAGUGGAGCUACCGGAUGCUUAUCCAUACAAGUCCCCUUCCAUUGGCUUUGUGAACAAAAUUUACCAUCCAAACAUUGAUGAGAGGUCUGGUUCUGUUUGCCUUGACGUGAUCAACCAGACAUGGAGCCCCAUGUUCGAUCUCGUCAACAUAUUUGAAGUGUUCCUUCCUCAGCUCUUGCUUUACCCCAAUCCUUCCGAUCCAUUGAACGGUGAAGCUGCUGCGUUGAUGAUGAGAGAUCGCAAGAUCUAUGAGCAGAAGGUUAAAGAGUACUGCGAAAGAUACGCAAAGGCGACUGACAUCAAGAGCCAGGACGAGGAAACCACUGAUGAUGAGGACGAUGACGAUGACAAGUAUGUCACCAGCGAAGAUGACAUGGACAUAGGAGAUGCAGAUUGAAUUCUCAAUUACCUGAAAUAACUGUAAAUUUCAUUUAAUUGACAAGAUAUUCUCAUUCAAACUGUAAAUUUGGCCUUGUAUAAAGUUCAAACCUGUCUCUAGAAUCUCUCGUUUAUUGAA